AUGGCAGAUCUAUUUAAAGCAAAAGAACGUGAAUUUUACAUUGAAUUGAAUCAAGAGAAAUACUUUUUCCCUGGCGAUACUAUCUCGGGUGAUGUUGUGCUCAAUUUAACAAAGGGGACAAAGAUUAAUAACAUCAAGGUGACGCUGGACGGUACAGUUGAUUUAGGAGGAAGAAGUAUAUCCUUGUUUUCCAAGUUUACUAUCAUUGCUCAAUCACCGGAUGGAGACAAGGCACAUCAUCUUGAUGCGUAUACCCAUCGAUUUCCCUUCAAAAUUACUAUUCCCACCUCAGACAAGUAUAAUGUCCCAAGUACACUGGAAAUUUCCAAACUCGUGGAAGUCAGCUAUCGAAUCACAGCAACAUUGAUCAAACCAUUUGUUUUUGGAAGAUACAGCGCACAGGCCAUUGCUCCUAUCACCGUUUUAGAAAACAUUAAUGUGGAGUCUGAAGAUUAUCACGGUGAUAUAUUUGUAGAAAAGGAAUUGUGUUUAUUUGGAACAGAGGAUCCUGUAAAGGUUUCUACCAACAUUGGAAAACGUGCAGCUGUAAAAGGUGAUGUGAUUCCAAUCUAUGUCACAGUCAAGCAUAUUGGUGUGAUGGUUCGUGACAAGGCUAUUUCAGUUCAAUUAUUACGAUCCGUGUAUUACGGCAAAAACAACUCCGAAUUAUAUGGACCCAAAGUGUUGAAAGAAGUAACAGCAAACAUUGAGAUAUCUGGACCUGUCAGUUUCAGCAAGACAUUUGCGUUAAAAUUAGCGAUUCCAAAGAACACAUGUCCUACCGUAGAUAAAUCAGGUCAAGCAUUUAAGAUUGAAUACACGUUACGUGUGUCGGUGAAUUUAAAUGAGGAAAAUCCAUAUCGUCAAGAAAUACCUCAAGAUAUUGUUCUUUUCAAUGUACCCUUUACAAUUGGUACCUAUCCUAAACUCUCUUUUAAUAUCGACGACGAUGAUGAAUCAGACGAGGAUGAGUAUAUUCCACCUAUCAGUGAUAGUGCAUCCAACCAUUCUUCUGAAUUAAAUGAAGUCACAAAGACAAUGCAAGACAUGGAUUUAAGUGAAGUCAGUUCACCCAUCCUUCAACAAGAUGCGAUUACACCACUUCCACCUCUUUCUCCAUCUUCGAAACCCACCUAUGUGGCUCCCCUAAUGAAAUCUCCUCCUAGACCCAUCUCUGUGAAUCAAGGUAUCUAUAAGCCAAACGCACCUUCACCCAUCGCAGUAGAGAAGCACGAACAUGACCAUCAACCGACAGAAAACGACCUGGCAACGAAGCCAUUACCUCUUAUAGCUGAAUCUCCCAUCUGUAAUGAGGAGGAGGAGGAGGAAGGUAGGACGACUGUCACACCACCUCCUGAAGAUGCUACCACCGGGGUGACACCACCUUCUCCUUUUAUUAUAAAACCUGCUGGGAUCAGUCCCUCUGACAUCUUUAAUGAUUAUAAUCCUGGAUUAUCACCGACUAUUUCACCUGUGCAAGGACCUGAUAGUUUAAACAGUAUGCCAGCCACUGCAGCAGCACCUGGAUUAGGAAGAAACAAAUCGUUUCAUCUGAUAGUUCGUAAUAAUAAUCAGGAGAUAUCGACUGUGCCACCCGAAACAACCCAUUACGGAGGCAGUUUACCUAAUAAUACGGGAUUUAUUCCUCGACCCACGUCGUCUAACGGACAUUAUACCACUUCACCACCUCAACCAAGCCCAUCCACUAGUAGUCAUACCCAUGGUGGAUUUGCAGCCGCUCAAAUGCCUUUUGGAUAUCCUCCCCAACCUACCCCCUCCAUGAGUAAUCAUACCCAACAUGGAUUUCCACCUCAACCCACACCUUCUGUGAGUACUGGCUACAAUGGGUAUCCAUCUCGACCACCACCUCAACAACAAAACUAUCCUCCUUACCAUCAUACAGGAGGGUAUCCUUAUACACAACCUGGGUUUGGUGGAGGGAUGCCAGAGCCUCAAAUGAAUUAUCCAUUUGGGGGACCCAUCCAUACCAUGCCUAUGCCACAAUUUGGUGGAAUGCCAUCACAGUCAUCUGGGUAUCCACGUCCACCUUCAUCCUAUCCCUACCAUCGUAAUUAA